AUCUUAUUAAUCUAAUCCCCCAUUUUCACACCAUUUUCUCUGUAAUUCCUCAAUUUUUCUCCCUUUUCUUUUGUGUCCUUCAACCUCUUCAUUCUUCAGCUUUUUUUCAUCCCCUCUUUUUCUCUCUCCUCCCUUUUUACUCCUAAGCUAGGGCUACAAUUAUCAGGUCUCCUAGCAUGGAUGAAGAUAAAGGGCUUGAACUCAGCUUGGGAUUAGCAUGUGGUGGUUCAUCUUCCACUUCAAAAGAGAGGAGUGGAAACUCAGCUGAUGCUAAGACAGACCCUGAUGAGAGAACAAAUAAAAUUUUGAAUGAUUUCAAAAAUUUCCUCAGUGCUGGUGUUCCACAAUCUUUUCAGAGAAAUGACGCUGUUAAACCUCAGGAGAACUUCUUUAGUAAUUUGCAACAGACGGGUAAUGGUGGAAAUGUUUCUUGUGAUGAGCCUGGAGUCGGUGAUAAACGUAAGAUUGCGUUUGAUGAGAUGAGUAACCAUAAGAAACAGGAGACCGAUUCCCGUAAUUCUGAUUUACAAGAAAAGGGUAAAACGUCUCACAUAUCAAUUACAACAGACGAGGGCUCGACAGCAGAUAAUGAAGAUGUGGCAGAAUCUGAAGCUGAAGGUUCGACCUCUCGAUUGGCCUCUCACCAUGAAGAUGGAUCUAGAACACCAGGUGGAAGUGGUAGCUCUUCUCAAACUCCAAAGGAAGUCGGUGGAAAAGCAACGAGUACUCCUUUUUCUGUGCAAACAAUGAAUACCUUGAAUGUUCCUUACUCUAUAACCAUGAAAGAGCCUCCUUCAGGUAGCGCACCAAGCACACCAAGUUAUCCAUUAUCAGGGAUGAUGCAGGGCAUAACUUCUACAAACGGGGACCGUCCUAGGCCACAAGCUACAGCUCCAGGAAGUAUGCCAAUGUCAUUUGGAUAUUCUCCUGUCCAGCUUCCAGUGCUGGAUAAGAAGGAUGGGUCGUGGCGAAUGAUAGCUCAUCCUCAAUCCCUCCCCUCUCCUUAUUCUGGCAGAGCAAUAUCAACUUCAGUUCCAAUGCAAGUAAUCAAUCCUAAUGCAUCUGAAUCAGUACGACUUGAUGUGCGCUCUUCGGAGCAGCCCAGAGGUCAAACACAACAAUUAGUGGCUGAGGAAGGCUCCUCUUCUCAAGCCGAAGAUGAUGCAAAGGGACGAGGAAACAGUUUUCCAUCCGAAUAUCCGGCAAUAAGGCCUGGAAUUGCCACUGAGAUGAAUUUUGGUGGAUCUGGCUCCUUCCCGAAUUUACCGUGGGUUUCUACAACGAGUCCCGGACCCAAUGGUAGGACGAUUUCCGGGGUCACAUAUAAAUACAAUGCCACUCAGAUAAAGAUCGUAUGUGCUUGCCAUGGAGUCCAUAUGUCUCCUGAAGAGUUUAUACGACACGCUGCAGAAGAGGAACAAAGUCCUGUCACCACCCCAAACUUAGCAUCUCAGCGAAGCACUAACCCUGCAACUUCUGCAAAGACCUGACAGAUUAUACCUGAAGUGAAUGAAUUGAGUAAAAAAGUAGGAAUCUGAAAAACUCUGAGCUAUAUUAAAUCUUCAUAGCUCCUAUAUGUAGAUGAUUCUGUUCUGCCUUACUAAUUUGAUAAUAUCACAUGGGCAUGUUAUCAUGGGAAAUCUUGGAAACAAUCCCUCUGCUAGUCCACACCGAUGACUGACGAGAGGUAAAACUUUGUAAAUCUGGAUCUCCUCAACCGAACAGGGCAGUAAUUAUUGUUUAUCAGGGUAGCGUGAUUCUAACAUGCAGCAUCAUUCUGGUAUUGGAAUGUAUUAUUCAGAUUUUCCAUUCAUGUAAAUUUUGUAAGGCCAAGCUAGCUGCUUGUGAUGAUAUGAAAUUUGUUCAAGAGCUCAUUUGGAUUAUUUUUUUCCUCGCGGAUUCGUGUAAUAAAUUGUUUGAAUCUUGUAGCAGUUUCUUCAGGAAGCUAAGGAGUAAUAAUCAAACUGUUAGUUUUUGCUGUUC